CUUAUCGCCCAGGGAGGACGGCACAAGGCGGAGGAAUCAGGCAGAGCGGAGCAGGCGUGUAACUCAGGCCGGAGAUAUUAGCGGAGACUUUAGAGCAGGGAAGGAGCGGGCGUUCCGUUUAAUUUCGGAAGCAUGUCCCAAAACGGACACCGUAGCAAAGUGGGGUGUAGGGAGAGUGGGAGGGGCUAGAAAGUGUCUCAGAGAGUUGUAGCUGUGGCUGAGUGGGACCCGCGGCGGAUGUGCGCUGCUGCAAAGUGUUAGAGAUUUGCCUGGGGCGCCUGAGAGAUCUGCUUUGGAUGUGCUGAACGCUAACCCGCCUUUACCCUCCAUGGCUCCGCCGGGCUGGGGCACAGGAACUGGCACAUACAGAUCCCAUUUGGCAGUCGCUCUGAUCCAACGGAGAAUCAAACCCGAUCGAGGUUCUGACAAUGGGCAGUUUGAGCAGCAGACUAUUAUGGAAAGAGUCCAAGCAGAAGGCUGUUGGCUCGUGCGAACACAGGAAAAGGAAAAGAAGCUUGGAGUGCCAUUGUGAGACUGAGACUGAUGAGGAGCUUGAAAACCUACUGAAUACUCCAAGAAGGAAGAAAUUGAAAAGCACAUCAAAGUACAUCUACCAGACUCUAUUUCUCAAUGGAGAAAACAGUGAUAUUAAGAUUUGUGCACUUGGGCAAGAAUGGAGCUUGCACAAAAUCUACCUCUGCCAGUCUGGUUAUUUCUCAAGUAUGUUCUGUGGAUCCUGGAGAGAGUCCAGUAUGAAUGUGAUAGAGCUGGAGAUUCCUGACCACAAUAUUGAUGCAGAAGCCCUACAGGUAGCAUUUGGCUCCCUCUACAGAGACGAUGUCUUAAUAAAGCCCAGCCGUGUCAUUGCUAUCCUAGCAGCUGCCUGUAUGCUACAGCUUGAUGGUUUAAUCCAGCAGUGUGGGGAAACCAUGAAGGAGACCAUCAGCGCGCAGACAGUUUGUGGAUAUUCAUCUGCAGCCGGCGUUUACGGAUUAGACUCUGUAAAGAAAAAGUGCCUUGAGUGGCUUCUAAAUAACUUAAUGACUCAUCAGAGUGUUGACCUGUUUAAAGAACUAAGCAUCGGUGUGAUGGAACAGCUCAUCGCCUCCCCUGACUUGCUUGUCAUGCAAGUAGAAAUGGAUGUUUACACUGCUCUCAAAAAGUGGAUGUUUCUGCAACUAGUGCCUUCUUGGAAUGGCUCAUUAAAACAACUGCUACCUGAAGCUGACGCUUGGUUUUCCAAACGCCGUAAAGAGAUUGAAGAGAACAUAACAUUCCUGGAAUGUGAGCAAGGCUCCCCAUUUAUGCCAGUUUUCAGGCACUUAAGGUUACAAUACAUAAUCAGCGACUUGGCUUCAGUGAGAAUUGUUGAGCGAGAUUGCCUUGUUCCUUCAGAAUGGCUGUCUUCCAUUUACAAGCAACAGUGGUUCACCAUGCUCCGAGCAGAACAGGACAAUGAUAUGGGGCCUCAGGAAAUCAGUAAGGAUGACCUGGAAAACAACAGCAUGAGAUGUGGCAGGAAACUGGCCAAAGAUGGUGAUUACUGCUGGAGAUGGACCGGGUUUAACUUUGGCUUUGACUUGUUGGUUACAUACACAAACCGCUACAUUAUCUUUAAGCGGAACACCCUAAACCAGCCGUGCAGUUGCUCUGUCAGUCUGCAGCCUCAUAGGAACAUUGCAUUCAGGUUGCGCUUGGCCUCCUUUGAUAAUGAUGGGAAAGUUAUAUGCAGCAAGACAAGUGGAUAUCAGAUACUGAGCCUUGAAAAAGAUCAGGAACAAGUGGUGAUGAACUUGGACAGCCGUCUCCUUCUUUUCCCGCUGUACAUCUGUUGCAACUUCUUGUAUACCUCCCCCGAGAGAAGAGCGGAUGGAGUGGAGCGGACAGAUAAUCCUGAGAACUGACUCGCAUAAGCCUGCACUCAUUAUAUUGGAACUUUCCUUCCCAUUAUUACAAGUGACCAUAGCAUUUUGUUCACAUUUCUUGGCUGUUAUCUUUCAAGCCAUGUUUAUGCUGGAAAGAUAUAAGCUACACAGGGACCCGACUGUCAGCUGUACAUUAAUAUAUCCCAAAGUGUAUAGAGUCAUUUAACAUAGAAAAAGCACAUUCCUCAUGCUUUAGUAAUGCAGCAAUGCCCAAAAUAUUUCAUUUUCCCAUAAUAGCAAAUGUGCUAAUAUGUGACUAUGUGGCAACCAAAGUAUUGGAUGUCUACUUCAAACCUCUUAGCAAGCCAAGUCUGCAUUCUAUGCUACUGAAUGUCAAAGGACCACACUGGUGCUCAGAGGCAGCCCUACCCUUGCUGGAAGCACACGUAGCAGUUAUUAGUGUUGGAGUGGGCCACCAAAGACAAGUGGGGCUAACUAAAUUUUACUCUUCUGAUACAUGUAAAAGGGACACUUACGUGUAAAUUGAAAGGGAUCUGCUCCUUCUAAUAACCUGUGCCACCACUCACCCUCGUUCUCUAACAUUUAAUUACACAUGCAAUUCACCAAGCAAAAUGCUUUCCAGCACUGUUGGUCAUCUGCUGUCAGCUUACAUGCACAGAUUGUGUUUUGGUUUCAUGAUUUUUCCAUUCAUUCAGACACAAGACAGCAGCACAUAAUGCUGUUUAGUUUCUGCAAGACAAAAACUAGUUUUAAGUUUACAGCUCCAGUUGCAUCAUAAAAAACUAUGAAAAAUCAAAUGGCAUUCUCACUGGAUUCUUAAUGGAACACUGGUCAAGUCAAAACCAUUGUAAUGAAUGUAUAUUGCAGAGUUGCUUAGAAUUAUCUUUUCUUUUACUAGGCAAAAAAUUAUAUUUUGAGUUGACUUGUCCUUUAACUUUAAUUGUGCCUAGAGAUGCAUCCAAACCAUGGAUGGCUGCUGCUGCUGUGCCCCCGGCUUUCCUUUAAUUCUGUUAAAGAUCUGAAAGAGUUCAUGCAAGAGUGCAUGCAAGCAGGGGUCAGCUUUGUGCCCCUUUACAAAAAUGGCUGUGCAGUUGUAUCUGAGCAGUAUUCAGCCUUGAUAGAUCAGAUCUUUGUUAAGGAUUGAUGUGCAGAAGCAUUUAUUUACUUCCCCGUAUAUAACGACCAAGGCACAUUGCUCUUACUUCUUUCUAAGUUUCCAGGGAUACGGCUGAUUUAUUUGGGAUAAUGUAUAUUCUUGAUGAUUUCUACUUGUGAGAGAGAAUGACAGCCCUAUCUAUGCAUCCAGACAGCAUUACCCUUGUUUAAUGAAAUAGAAUGUAAGCUCACUGUAAGCAAUGAGGUAUGAAAAAGUCACCAGCCACAUGCCUUAAAUGCCUUACGUGUCUUCUUGUCUAAUGUAGCCUUGAACUACUGUGUUCUAAUGAUCGUGCUUCAUUAGCCAGUGCAGUGACAGUGUGCUGUGUCCUUUGAUUACCAGAGAACAUCUUCCCUAAUGAGCAAACUGUUGGCUGUUUCUGCGUGCCCCAAUGCUUGAUCCCAGAGCCAGAUUGGAAUUCACACUCUGGUUUUAGGUUUCCAGCCCAUGGUUUAGUUUGUGUGCAGUAUCUGCUUGGCUAAUUCUAACAGGGUUUUAUGGUGCUGGUGUUUUCUUUAUAAGAUUGUUCAGAAAAUUUAUUUGACCAUUAAUUUGAAAAGGAGCCAGACAUGGGAAUCUCAGAAAUCCAAGGAUUGCAAAUGCAGGAAGGAACACAUCAAAACAAUUAUCACAACAAUGACCAAUUAAUAGUUAUUUACACAUCAUUAGUGUGAUAAGUGUUGCCUUAAUUAUUGGCAAGUAUGUCUGUGCAGGAGCAUUAUUUGUAAGCAGCACAAUUUCAGCUUGUGUGUGUGAUGGACUGAAUAGGAACUGAUUUUCAGUAGCUGCCAUUGGAUUAGUCACCGAGCUACACUAUGCCGGCUAGUGUGUAGGGGCAAUGUACUGAGUGCUGCCCAGCAGCCAAUAACUUCCCGCCAGGAAUUUCCAACCAUAGCGAAGUGUGGCCACGGCAGGCAAUGUGAUCCAAAUCAGUUGUUUGUUUAGAAAAUCAGUUUUUGAAACUGCAUAUUGCAUAUUUAUUGUAUUUAUUGAAGUAUAAGUUCAUGUUACACAGCCACCCUCUGCCCUUGCUGAUUGAGAGUUGGGGGAAACUUGGUAGAUUUACUGUGUUCAAUGAGUAGAUGUAAGUUAUGCCCACUGCCCCCCAAGCUGAGUGGGUAUAAUAGCUUUAUGUCAUAUCAUUAAACUCUCUUCAUACUGUAGCUCUUACCAACGUUACCAAGCUACUGACUGCAUGCUGAUGGGCUAGUGGCAAAGCUUAAUAUUACUUUGGCAAAGAAACCAGGUUGGGGGAAAAGCAGUGUAAAACAAGGAGACACAGUUACACAUUUAAACACCUUCCUCACACCCUGAAUCAAGUGGUAACAGAAAGGUUACUGGGAUACAUACCUGAUUUCCAUCUGCAUUAGACAUGACUGUAUUCUCUAUACUAAUACACAUGUGGGACACAGAUAUUCCUGCUAUACUGACCCAUGAAUUGUUCUCUAAAAAACCUCUUGUGUUUACCUCUGCUCUGUGCUGUAUGUGGCUAGUAGGCGUUACCAUCAUCACAGUUUAAUGUUUUAGUUGAAAAAGGGAAAACCAUUUCGCUUAAUGGUCCUGUGUAAAUAUACUGUAGGUAAACCCCUAUUGCAAAUCACUGGACCGUGCUUCCAGCACCCUAUCCUCCUGACUGGUCCCCCUAAUUCUAGGGCAUCUGAAAGACGCCCUAGGUUUAGGUUUCUAAACCUUUUGUAUAGAAGCAACACCAGUCCCUAGCAUUCACAACACCUUUUCAUUAUUCUCCCCUCUGUUUGCUUUCCAUAGGUCCGCCCGUUAUUCUGCAUUUGCUGUAAAUGCUGUAAAGUUUGGCAAGAUAAUGGUUGCCAUCAUUUUUUGUUACAAAGCCAUCUUUAUUUUCUGAAUAACUCUCCUCAAAGGCCAAAAUAUGAGAUGAUCAUAAACAUAAAUAUAAGUCAAAACUAUACAAGGUGCAAACUGAACCCUCUAGUGGCCAAAGAGGGAAAUACUUGCUAAAUAUCUGUAUUUUCUGGGCACAUAUCUAUUCAUUUAAACACAUGCGUAUAUAUAUGUAUAAAAUGUAUGUAUGUUCUUAUUACAAGAGAAGGUAAGACCUCUUUAUCGACCAGGCUAAUGUUUGUGCCUACAAUGUAAUAUAUGUAAUUAUACAUGUGCAUCUCUAAUAUGGGGAUAUAAUCUGAUCUGUGGCUCCUGUUUUAUAAUGUAGAUAUACUUCCUGUUGUGUUGCAACUUGUCACCAUUAUUUAUAUGUAUAUUCUAAAUACGGCUCAAAUGACUGUUAUAAGACAAAUCUUUGCCAUGUACUUUAACACUGUGAUUGCUUUUUUUUUGUUUUUUAAAUAAAAGUUUAUUAAUUGAGUACAUUUUUGUACAAGAAUGUACAAAUGUAAAACUUGGGUAUGCAGUGUAGUAGUUUUAAAGCUGAAUUCUCACUCCUGCAUCAGUACAGUGUACAGGUAACCCCUCUGGGAGGGGCCAUUGCUAAACCUCUUGGCCUGAUAUUUGCUUAAUAGCAAUUUCCCCCUACUAAGGGGUUAAUCUUACAGCAGGAACACAACUUCCAUUCAAAGAACCAAUAAGAACCAACCAGCAUGGCUGCAUUAACUUGAUGUUUACUAGACCUGGAACAGUUUUUUUAUUUUUAAUUACAUUACAUUAAUCUUCUAAAUGGCCGUACCCUAAAAACGCACGGGUCCAUACUGAAGCGUGCAUAUCCAAGGGGCCGCUAAUAUACUAGGGGCAGGGGCAAGGCUGUAUUAUUUCAUACAUGGUGAAAAGCUUUUUAUUUAUACAUUUGUAUAACUGCAGAUAUUGGUGCUUUGUUGAUACAGUUCAUUCUCCGCAUUUUGUCAUUAAAUGAAAAAAACGUUCUGUUUGUUUUAAAUAUUAUUUUUUACGAUGAAUCCUUCUAAUGUUGCAUCCACGCUGGUUUUGUUUGCUUUGUAAAACUGACAUAUUUAUAAAGACAAAGCGAACUUGGUUAGUGUAACGUUUUGGCUUUAUUCAAGUGAUGAGUGGGAGCACUUGUCCUUUUGCUGUGAAAUUGAAGGAAAUUCUGUGUCCGCAAAUCGACAGAUGCUUUUCCCAAUAUGCUUUGUACCGAAGAGGCAGCCAGUAAGGCCUGAUUUAUAUGCACAUUCAUCACUGUGUCUUGGCAAAAACUCUCUUUGUAAUUACUCUGCUUCCUAAGGCCUCAAUAAAGGUUUUUGAAAAAAG